AUGUGGGCAUCUUUAGGAAUUGCGUCUUGUAUAGGAUUUUCGGUGGUUGGAGCGGCGUGGGGGAUAUUUGUGACUGGCACAUCGAUUCUUGGAGCUGGUGUAAGAGCUCCAAGAAUAACUACAAAGAAUUUAAUAUCAAUCAUCUUUUGUGAAGUUGUGGCAAUCUAUGGAUUGAUCAUGGCUAUUGUUUUUAGUGCAAAACUAACAAGCGUUGGUAGUGAUGUGUUGUACUCAAAGGAAAACCUCUAUACUGGGUACUCGUUAUUUUGGGCAGGAUUAACUGUGGGGAUUUCUAAUUUGAUAUGCGGUAUAGCUGUGGGUAUAACUGGUUCUACUGCUGCUAUAUCUGAUGCUGCUGAUAGUGCAUUAUUUGUGAAAAUAUUGGUUGUGGAGAUUUUUGGAUCGGUAUUGGGCUUAUUUGGAUUAAUUGUAGGGCUUUUGAUGACUGGUAAAGCACAAGAGUUUAGUUGA